GAGGAAUCAAAUAAAAUGGCACUUGAUUUAAAAGAAUAUGACGAAGAACAAGUUCGUCUUAUGGAAGAAAUGUGUAUUGUCGUAAAUAAAAAUGAUGAACGCGUUGGUGCUGAUUCUAAAAAGACAUGUCAUCUCAUGUCAAACAUUCAAGAAGGUCUUUUACAUCGAGCCUUUAGUGUCUUUUUAUUUGAUUCACAAAAUAGACUUUUACUUCAACAACGUGCUACAGAGAAAAUUACCUUCCCUGACAUGUGGACAAAUACCUGCUGCUCCCAUCCUUUGAAUACUCCUUCUGAAUUAAUCGAAGAAAAUCAACUCGGUGUUCGUAAUGCUGCACAACGUAAAUUGGAACAUGAGCUUGGUAUUAAGCCUGAAGAAGUACCAGUUGACAAUUUUAAAUAUUUAACAAGAAUUCAUUAUUUGGCUCCCAGUGAUGGACAAUGGGGAGAACAUGAAGUUGAUUAUAUUCUCUUCAUGAAAGCAGAUGUUAAUUUGAAUGUUAAUCCAAAUGAAAUACGUGAUAUUAAAUGGGUUACUCCUGAAGAAUUAAAGGCCAUGUUUGCUGAUCCUAAUAUUCCUAUGACACCUUGGUUUAAACUUAUUUGUAAUUCAUUCUUAUUCAAAUGGUGGGAACAACUCGAUGAUACACUUCAAAACUUGAAGGCAGAUGACACAAUUCAUCGUUUAGGUUUUGAUUAAAGAAGUAUUUAUGUUUAAGUCUUUUUUGUUUCUUGUGAUAACAUGAAUAAAAUGCAUCUAAUUCAAGCACUUUUCUUUAAAGAUCCAAGAAGUUCCUUCUUAUCGUACAUAUUUGAGUGUUGUACAUCAUGUCCAUUAUUCAGAAGGCGACAAUUCACCCUGAUAAUAAUUUUAUAUUCUUC